CAUCCAUCAUCCACCAUGCCUCCUAAAAAAGACGUCCCAGUGAAGAGGCCAUUGGGACCUUCUGCCCCUAAACUGGUUGCCAAGCCAGCAGUGGCCCCUCCAGGGAAGCCCAAGGUUGAGCCAACUGCUCCCCCUGCCUCAGCAGCUCCCACCAAGCCCCAGGAACCUCCCAUUGACCUCUCCAAAGUGGUGAUCGAGUUUAAUAAGGACCAACUGGAGGACUUCAAAGAGGCCUUCCAGCUGUUUGACCGAAUAGGAGAUGGAAAGAUCUUGUACAAUCAGUGUGGGGAUGUGAUGCGGGCCCUGGGCCAGAACCCUACCAAUGCCGAGGUGCUCAAGGUCUUGGGCCACCCAAAGAAUGAUGAGCUGAACUCCAAGCGUGUGGACUUUGAGACUUUCCUGCCCAUGCUCCAGUCAGUAGCUAAAAGUCGGGACCAAGGCACAUAUGAAGACUAUCUGGAGGGCCUUCGAGUGUUUGAUAAAGAAGGGAAUGGUACAGUCAUGGGGGCUGAACUCCGUCAUGUCCUCACCACACUGGGGGAGAAGAUGACCGAGGAAGAGGUGGAGACUCUUCUGGCUGGACAUGAAGACAACAAUGGCUCCAUCAACUAUGAGGCCUUCCUGAAACACAUUAUGUCAAGCUGAAGCCUCAAGAUCCUGCUUCUCUCUGGCCAGUGUUUUCCUGCAUCCUGGAGAGAUGAAAGUCCAGUGCCUUGCACAGAGUAGGCACUUAGUAAAAUGUCUGUUGCAUAGAGAAUAAAGAAGGAUGGUGAGGAAGGGGAUGGAUGAUCUCUGUUAUCCCCCUACCCUCACUUUAUUUUCCAUAAUAAAGUAAUGGACUUCUA